GGACCCUUAACAAAAUCCCCAUGUCUUUUCGUACUGAUCGCUCCCCACCUGCACACAGUACAACAGAUGGGGAACACUCGCCCCCUCCGGUUCCCUCGUGGUCUCUCCCGUCGGAGGCGGCGCGCGGUCACGUGUCUCCCGGCGGAGCGGGUCGGCGGGGCGGGGGCAGCGCCAUGGCGCUGUGUGAGCCGGGAGCGGACGGCGCCGCGGAGGCCGGGGAGGAUGCGGCGGAGGGGCCGGAGCGGGACGUGCCGCUGCUGCCCUGGGACCGCUUCUCCGCCUGGCUGCACUGCGUGUGCGUGGUGGGCUUCGACCUGGAGCUGGGCCAGGCCGUGGAGGUAAUAUAUCCUCCACAUUCAAAGCUCACAGAUAAAGAGAAGACCAAUAUUUGCUACUUGUCUUUUCCAGAUUCCAACUCAGGUUGUCUUGGCGACACGCAGUUUUGUUUUAGAUUUCGACGGUCUUCUGGAAGGAAAGCUUCUCUGUGUUGUUUUCUGGACCACUUGGAUAGAGAUCUACCAGUUUACUUAAAGAAGGAUCCAGCGUAUUACUAUGGCUAUGUGUAUUUCAGACAAGUUCGAGAUAAAUCGUUAAAAAGGGGCUAUUUCCAGAAGUCGCUGGUCCUCAUCAGCAAGCUGCCAUAUGUCCAUCUCUUUCGCACUGUGCUUAAGCAAAUAGCACCAGAAUACUUUGAAAAAAGUGAAGCUUUCCUGGAAGCAGUCUGUAGUGAUGUUGAUCGUUGGCCACCACCAAUUCCAGGGCAAGUAUUACAUUUGCCUAUUAUGGGUGUUGUAAUGAAGCUGCGAAUUCCAACAUAUCGUGACAAGCCUGGAACGACCCCAGUAGUACAAAAUAUGCACCAGGCAGAUGCUCAGAUCUCCAUGACCUUACCAACUGUUCAUGAAGUAGAUCUCUUCAGGUGUUUCUGUCCAGUGUUCUUUCACAUUCAGAUGCUCUGGGAAUUAGUGCUGCUAGGAGAACCACUUGUUGUCAUGGCACCAUCACCAGCAGAAUCUUCAGAAACUGUGUUGGCACUUGUGAGCUGUAUUUCACCCUUAAAGUACUGCAGUGAUUUCAGGCCAUACUUUACCAUACAUGACAGUGAAUUCAAAGAAUAUACAACCCGCACACAAGCUCCACCUUCUGUCAUUCUAGGGGUGACAAAUCCUUUUUUUGCAAAAACUCUCCAGCAUUGGCCCCACAUCAUCAGGAUUGGAGAUCUUAAACUUCCAGGUGAUGUUCCAAAGCAGGUGAAAGUGAAAAAACUGAAGAACUUAAAAACUUUGGACUCCAAACCUGGUGUUUAUACCUCUUAUAAGCCAUACUUGAACAAAGACGAAGAAAUUGUUAAACAGUUACAAAAGGGUGUACAACAGAAGCGACCAACGGAAGCACAAAGUGUGAUUCUUCGGCGGUAUUUUUUGGAAUUGACAGAAAGUUUCAUUAUUCCUUUAGAACGUUACGUGGCAAGCCUGAUGCCUUUGCAAAAAUGUAUAUCUCCGUGGAAGAGUCCACCACAGCUGAGGCAUUUUAGCCAAGAUGAUUUCAUGAAGACACUGGAAAAAGCGGGACCACAGCUCACCUCUGGUUUAAAGGGAGAUUGGAUAGGACUUUACAGGCAUUUUUUGAAAUCACCAAACUUUGAUGGCUGGUUUAGAAGCCGGCAAAAAGAAAUGACGCAGAAGUUGGAGGCCCUUCAUUUGGAAGCACUCUGUAAUGAGAACUUGGUUUUCUGGAGUCAGAAACACACUGAAGUAGAAACAGUUGAUCUUGUCUUGAAGUUAAAGAAUAAACUGUUGCAGGCUGACAGAGAACAUCUUCCUGUGAAAACUGAUACCCUGAAAAAGCUGCAGACACACAUCCAUGAUAUUAUACUCACACUUCCAGACGACUUGCAGGACAUCUUGCUCAAAACUGGCACAACGUGAUUUCUGCUGUGUGUGUGUGAGUGCAGGAAGCAGGUGAAUGUAGUAUCACAGAAGACAGUGGCUUACCAAGUUCAGUACAGUAACACUACAAAUGGACUUUACUACCAGUAUGGUCUAUAUACUCACUGUUUUUCCCACUUAAGUACCAGUGCAACUAAAGGGAUUCCUGUGUCUAAUAAUGUUUGAAAUAAGUGCUCUUAAAGAAAAAUCUGUGGGCAUCUGAAACUAUUCAACAAUGUAGGACCACAGUGCAGUGCUGGCACUGCAGAAUGUUUUCUAAUUGGUGCUGCUAUACCCAGUGCUGUUAACUCAGGGGUAAGCAAUAUUGAUCCUGUUGAUGUAGUAUCUGAUUGCUUUCCUUUUUAAAACAAACAUUGGCAUAACGUGUGACUCGGUCAGUGCAUGCUACACUGAAGUAUUUUACUGAUAGACCAUCAAUGGCUUAUGAAACUGUUUCAGGGACAACUGAAAUAAUCACAGUGGUUCUUAACUAUAUCUUCCUUUCACCUUCUGAUCCUCUUUCCAAAGACCGUAUUAAUUGAGCAUCUUUAAAGAAGAGAAGGCAGCUGACAAACAUUUCCUGAAGAGAAAUCGCUUCUGUUUGAUGAUGGUUAAUUAGGGUGCUUUUAUUCACAUGCCUUAAAUGAAUAUCAAGUAACUGUAUACCAGCUUGUGGUUUUAAACUGCUGACGUUCAGGAUUUAAAGUGGCUCACUAGUGUGGAUGUAUUCAUCACAGUGAAUCGACUGGUUCUGAUACAGAAUGUAAUGUCAGUGAUUUCAGUGGUUACCCACACACAGACUGGGCACCGUGGUCAGCUUCUGAUGGAGACUUUUAUAAAUGUAUAUUUUUAAUUUUUAUUUUUUUGUGUUAAUUUUUACUUACAACAAUAGGGUCAGUGAGGAGCUGAAGGGGGGGAAGAGGAUGCUGACCUUAGCUGACAAGAGCCUAUGGAGAGGUCAGACUGUGGCAAGGGAAGAUUGUAAAGGGAUGUUAUUUUUGGUAUAUGCAUAUAGCAGAUGUGCAUAAAAAAACUAAUUUUCUCUUCUGUACUAAGCAACAAUUGUGAUGUUCGUCUUCUUGAGCACGAUCCAGUGGUAUGUCAGCACUCAGCUGCUCUGCAGGGUUGUGCUUUGACCCAUUUCAAGUCGAAUCAACCUAAUGCUACGGUGUACGCACAGCAUACACUUGUACAUGGCGAGUGGAUCAGCUAUCAAAACAAUGUGCUUUUAAGGGCUUGGGUGGAACUCCUGAACACGUGACCUUGUAAUCCUGCUCUAAGAAAGUGCUUUUGUAUAAUGAGUAUUUCAUACCGUCUUUCUAAAAAUGUCUUAUUUAGAUACAAAGCGUCGUGACUAUUUUUAUGGAAAUACGUAUUUUAAUACUGUUACGGUUUGUAUACAGUUAAACUUUAUGUCCUGAAUAAGGUAUGUAUCGUGUUACUCAAACUCCACCACUUCAGCAUUAACUUCUAACCUGGCAUUUUGUUUGCACAUCCCAAUGACUAUAAUUCCUAAUUCAGAAAUAAGAGGCCAUUCUCAUCCUGCAGCCAACCUGGAGCACUGUGCGGUUCCUUGGGACGCUGUAAGCUGGUAACAACCACCAUCACUGUUAUCGCAGGACUGCAAUACUUAUUUUUGUAAAAGAAAAUAAAGGCUUUCAGUUUUUGGAAGUGA